AUGGGUUGCAGAACAUAUUCUCGACAAGUUUACAAGGUCGGAAUCAUUGGCGCAUUGUGGAAAGAACUCAAGGCAGUGCGAGCGCUCUUUGACAGUGAACAUGGCAGCCUCGAAAGGGAAGAAGGCGACGACAAUCAGUAUGCGCUCGGCGCCAUGGCGAACCACAUGGUCGUUACCGCAUGUCUCCCGGCCGGCGAGUACGGGACCAACUCAGCUGCAUCGGUCGCGUCCAACAUGGUGCGCAGCUUUCCGGCACUCAAGUUUUGCCUCCUAGUUGGCAUCGCUGGCGGCGCCCCCUCGGAACACAAUGAUAUCCGCCUUGGCGAUGUGGUUGUUGGUAUUCCUGAAGGCAGGUCCCCCAGUGUGGUUCAGUACGACCUUGGCAAAGACAAAGAAAGCAACAUCUUUGAGCCGACAGGUAGGCUGCGAGAUCCGCCGCGCUUUCUCGCCUCCGCCGUUAGCGCCCUCCUCUCAGUCCCUAACCCGCCAUCUGACCCGCUGAAACCACACCUUGCCAAAAUUACCAAGCUCAUGUCCGAAUACCGCCGCCCAGCCCAGGAGGAUGUACUGUACGAAACCUGUACGGCGUGCCGGUCAUCGGAAAAGGUCUGUCCAGGCUAUCAUGUGCGGCAGCGUGUUCCACGUCCAACAACGAUUCAUUAUGGGCCCAUAGGGUCAGGCAACAGUGUCAUCAAAAAUGCCAAGCGUCGCGACGAGCUGGCUCGCGAGCAUGGUGUGCUGUGCUUCGAGAUGGAGGCCGCUGGCGUGGUCAACGCGGUUCCUUGCCUCGUGAUCCGCGGCAUCUGCGAUUACUGUGAUGUGCACAAGAACGACGACUGGCAGAACUAUGCGGCUGCUACGGCGGCAGCGUAUUCGAAGCUGUUGCUCGGUGUUGAUCGCUGCAAGAAGACCGGGCUGAAUGACGACUACCAGGGGAACUUCCACAGCACAAGCCCCAAAACAAGCGCGGGAUCCAAACGUCGACGGUCGGAAUUCGAGGAGGAGUGA